UCAUUUCAGCGGAUAAUGGCACCCAAGAAGGAGACCCCCGUGAAAAAGCCGACUGCUCUCCCUGCCAGGGCAGUUCCCGCACCGACUAAGGCACCUGCUCCGGCUCCGGCUCCAGCACGACCGGUACCAGCACCCAAACCGCCGAAACUCGUCGAGCCCCUGUUUGACAUCGCCAAAGUGGUGAUUGAAUUUAAACAGGAUCAGAUUUCUGAGUUCAAGGAGUCCUUCCUCCUGUUCGAUCGCACCGGCGAUGGCAAGAUCAGCUACAGCCAGUGUGGGGACGUGAUGCGCGCGCUGGGGCAGAACCCCACCAACGCUGAGGUGCUGAAGGUGCUGGGGAACCCCAAGAGCGAGGAGAUGAACCACAAGACGCUGGACUUUGAGCAGUUCCUGCCCAUGCUGCAGGCCAUCGCCAAGAACAAGGACCAGGGCAGCUUCGAGGACUUCGUGGAGGGGCUGCGCGUCUUCGACAAGGAGGGCAACGGCACCGUGAUGGGCGCCGAGCUGCGCCACGUCCUGGCCACGCUCGGUGAGAAGAUGACAGAGGAGGAGGUGGAGACGCUCCUGGCAGGACACGAGGACGCCAACGGAUGCAUCAACUACGAAGCUUUUGUUCGACACAUCAUGUCAGGGUGACGGGUCAUUGGAACUCGUCCGGAUGGUGAUGAGCGGAUAAAGAAUUCAAGAACUGUCUGGGUUUUGUUUUGUUUUUUCUGUUCUGAUUUAUGUUUUUAUUAUAUAUAUUUUUUUUUCCACUUUUUUUCCUUUUUAUUUUAUAAAGUGCCUUUUCUGCCUGUGUAUAACCCUGCCCCUCCCUCCCGUCCCCUCCUCUCCUCUCCUCUCCCCUCCUCUCCUGUAUGAUAAUGAAAACCUCCCUGGCCCUCAAUUAAGAGACCCACAUGAACAAGCCAUUCAGACAACCAGAACUGGCCAUUUAGAGUCUUGCGGGAAAGGUGUACACUGAGACGAGCUGCGAUUGGUGGAUUCACAGAGCGGACCUGACAAGGGAUUGGCUACGCUGGGACUGCCCCGCCUUCCACCCUUGUCUUGGCGUCUCGCACAUUGCUAAAUGGAAGUGAAAUAAAUUAUUACUCUGUAUUCCAUUGCAUUCAUAAAAUAAAACUUCAAAUUUCCAAAAA